AGUUAGAACUCAUUUUUCGGAAGAAAAACCCUGCAAAUUCUCUCUUUUUUCGCUUCCAAUUUCGAAAUCGAUUUCCAUUUCUCAGCUUUCGAGCCCUCAUAAUCUCUCCCACAAUCUGUGAGAAACCAUGUGUGGUGGUGCCAUCAUCUCCGACUUCAUUCCGGCGAGCCGCUGCCGCCGGCUCGACGAGGAUUACUUCCCCGCCCUCAAAAAACGCACCUCCGGCAACCACUGUUCCAAGUCGCUCUGGUCCGAAGGCGUCGAGGACGAUGACGACGACGACUUCGAGGCCGAUUUUCUGGGUUUCAAGGAUGACUCCGACGACGAGGAGGAUGACAUCAAGCCUUCCGCUUUCUCCGCUGCGAAGCCACAGGGCUAUACAGGUAUAAAAUCUGUGGAAUUUAAUGGGCAAGCUGAAAAAUCUGCAAAGAGAAAGAGGAAGAAUCAGUAUAGAGGAAUCCGACAACGCCCUUGGGGAAAAUGGGCUGCAGAGAUCCGUGAUCCAAGAAAGGGGGUUCGAGUUUGGCUUGGGACUUUCAACACUGCUGAAGAAGCUGCAAGAGCUUAUGAUGCUGAGGCUCGGAGGAUCCGAGGCAAGAAAGCAAAAGUUAAUUUUCCUGAUGAAACUCCUUUGACUGCUCCAAAGCGCACCAUCAAGGCAAAUGCUCAAAAGCUAAUUCCAAAGGGUAGCCCUAACUCUUCCCAUUCGAAUCUGAGCCAGAGUUUUAAUUUCAUGAACAACUCUGAUCAGGAAUACUAUAGUAGUUUAAUGGAUGAGAAACCGUCAACCAAUCAAUAUGGGUAUCCAGAUUCCUUCCCUGCCAAUGGCGAAGUUGGACUAAAAUCACUUGCCCCAUCUGAGAAUGGUCGCAUGUAUUUUAAUUCAGACCAAGGAAGUAACUCUUUUGAUUGUUCUGACCUUGGAUGGGGAGAGCAGGGAGCAAAGACCCCAGAAAUCUCAUCGGUUCUUUCAGCUACCCUUGAAGGUGAUGAAUCCCAAUUUAUUGAAGAUGCUAACCCAAAGAAGAAACUGAAGUCUAACUCUCAGAAUGCAGUGCCUGUUGAAGAAAAUACUCCAAAUGGGCUUUCUGAGGAUCUCUCAGCUUUUGAGUCCCAGAUGAAGUACUUUCAGAUCCCAUAUCUUGACGGAAACUGGGAAGCUUCAAUGGAUGCCUUACUUGGUGGGGAUGCUGCUCAGGAUGGUGGAAACCCAAUGGACCUUUGGAGCUUUGAUGAUCUGCCUACUGUGGUGGGGGGAGUUUUCUGAGCAAACUUUUCCCUUGCUAGCCGGUCUUCUGUAAAUAAAGCUACAUGAAUGGUUGUUGCCAGUGUUGCAGUUUGAGUUCACGGUUGGACAUGCAUAAGGCUUCGCUGAAGAGUGUUUUCUUAGGUAGCUAUUGUUAUAUGGGGAGUAAAUAGGUAUUUAGGUAUCUUUUACUUUCAAGACUUUGAAUUGGCACUUUGAAUUUUAUGUCUGUAUCUUGAAGAUUAUAUGGGUUGGAAGACUGAAACCUGAUAAGAUACCACCUUUGCUGUUUGUUUUGAACAUGGUCACUACUUUCUUAGGGCUGUCAGUCCAUGGAUAUGUUUAUAUAUCUGUAUUGUGAUUUUUAUUUUUUAUUUUUUAUUUUCUUUUUAAAGCUUUGUUAUGGCAUAAGUGCCACAGCUAGAUUGCUUUGAAAGAUUGCUUUGAAUACUACUUUCCCAAUUCUGUCUCA